AUGUAUGGCCAGAGCUCAAGAGGAACGGAUCCCCCAUGCAGCGAAACAAGUACCCAGUCAUUGUCACGCUCCAGCGAUCAAGUAGACCAUUUCCUAUAUUCACCCAUCGAGACCCUCCUCGAGUCGAUAGUAGAAGAAAUAUCUGUCCACGACGUGAUAGAGGCGUAUAACCUCUUCUCAAAUAGAACCCAAGCCAACAUUCAGCUCAUGACCCAUGACCUUGCGCUACCCAUCCUCCAACGACAUUCAUCUGCCAUUGCUAAUGCGCUUCAUCGAGAUAUCCAAUCCCUGUUCAAUCCACCCUCUUCGCUCGCAGAAGAAGACACGUACGAUGCGUCGGAGAAUGUACUACUAUGUCACGAGGCACUCCGUCUACUCUCCAAUAUUUUUACUUUUCCUGCGCUCUUUCGGUGCUUUAAUAACUCUACAUUAAGUCCUCUGUUAAGUCUCGUUAUCAGCACCUCGGGACUAGGUCCAUCCAAGGCUCCUCCACUUUGCCAGCCCAAGACGAUUUUGCUAGUUGUCUGGUUGCUUAAGAUGCAACGCUUACCUGUAGAGGUAUUAGUCUCUAAUCGCGAAGCAGUAACCUCGGUGUUGCGAAGAUGCAUACAAGGUGAUGCUGGCAAGAAUCAGGUACUCGUUAACGGACUACAGGCUGCUGCCAACGUUAUCCAACAUCACCCGAAUCAAUUUCUCGAGCCACUCUCGGUUAUCAUCUCACCCUUGCUCAACAAUCUGUUCUCCGAAGUCCCCGAAAUCCGUACAUAUUCCACCAACGUGUUAGGUGCCUUUGCUAUGGCAAGACUACAGAGUGACGAAAUGACCGUAACCUUGCGUCGCAUUGCUGAUCAAGUCACCAACAUGGUAGAGUCCUCUCGACAACGGCUCGCCAAACUACUGACGGACGCCAUGUCAAUCACUGGUCCGACACAACCAGGAUUUGGGCCAGUUCCAGCUUUGUGUCUCACCGCAGCCCUUAUGAUCCUAUGUGACGCAGGCCUUCUUACCCACCCUCGCGUUCUCAUGACUCUGAUAGUUCCUCUUGAGAAGUCACUCGCACACAAGAGUUCUAGCGUCCGUUUACUCCACCCACACGUCUGGAACUGCUUAGUGUGGUCGUUUGGUCGGCUCAAUGCCGCAAAUACUAUAGGCACAAGCAAACUUCUCGGCAAGGCUUUCGACUUUAUUAAACAGGAAUUACGACAAGGCAUUGGGACGGCCAUCAUCUCGCUCUUUUUACCUUCCGUUACACAGGAAGCCAGCGACGAUGCUAUUGCAAGGGUGCUUCAAGUUCUGCAAGAUAUGGGCAAACACAAGAGCCUUUCGGUCAAACGCAAGCAAGCAGAGCUACUAAGCAGACUACUAGCGGGAUCGGUGGACCCUGAGAGCGUGCAAGGCAAUGUUGUUGAUUCCUGGCCAAAUGCAUGUUUUCUACGAAGGUCACUUUUCGAUGGCACACUCCUCCGUGCUGGAGCAGAGAAUGUCUCCGCCGCCAUCCGCUUGUUGGCGCCGCCAGAUAUUGCCUCGAUACGGUCGCUUACCGAUCAAGAAGUAGAGUCCAACUGGCAUCCGCUCCGAAACUUAUGGAGCGACGGAGUGCGCAACAUGUUGGCAGAGUCUGAUUUCGACUACUCCGGACUUCUCAGCGCAUGGCAGACGCUGCUCCUAGCUCAAGCUGAAUUCACGCAGGAGCAUUGCCACUUCACCACGGACCUCCCCCUGCAGGCAGAUAUAAUCCAAACAGUAGUAGAUCUUGUGAUCGACUCUACCUCCUCGACGAAGCCCGAUACGCACUUGACCUUCGUCAAACAACUCAUCGGCGUAAUCAAGAACGUCUAUGCAAUGACGUACGCCAAGCGGAUUGGGGAGUCCGUCCUCUGCGAGCUGCUGAGACACUCCUUCGACCUCACGAGCCCCGAAAUCCGACAAGCUUGGAGUGAUUUGUGCCACGACCUAUUGUCCUUGGGCGUUGAUCGCGUCCUCGAGAUUAUUGGGAUGAUGGUUAAUGAGGUGGAAAUGCAACGGUCUCUCUGGAUCAUGAUCGUGCGGAUAUGGCAGAACGCCGACGCCGACGCUUCCUGGCAAAACAUCGUCCAAGCCUUGGCAAUGCCCUUCGGAGUUUGGAAAUUGUCACCUUCCGAAACAGAAGGAUGGGAAGCUGCUCUCGCUAGCGCGGUACUGAAUGCAAUAUCCAAAGGCGACCAAAGAGCCUCUGUCGUUCAGUCAUUUAUGCAACUUGUUGGAGAGGAAAAUAUCCCGAUUCUCUUGGAGAAUCCGUCAAUUGUCUUGGCACUGCUGUCGGAGGCGGUCCAACAGGUACCGUAUCCUGCUUGCUGUUCGCGGCUCCUGAAUGAAUCUCUGUGUCAUUUCUACACUCAACGAACACAACCCAUGGAUUCCUCCUUAACUCUACUAGGCCUUGUGCGCAAAGCUUUCCUCGGAACCCCCACAUCUGCAAUCUCGCCGCUUUUAAAGGACACGGAGCAAGGACUACGCCUAUGGCUCAUCGAUGAGCAUUUGCUCCUGUCCGACGACCAAUACAAUCAGCAUAUCAUCCCAAUAUACUGCUUAGCGUUGGAGUCAUUACAACGCCUACCACCAACCGCGGGUACUAUCACUGACUUUGGCGAUUUCCUCACCUCCGCCUUCGUUCGAGUCCCUUCUCCCGCACUGGGCCCAAAGGCCUUUCGAGCGUAUUGGCAAGCAACAUUUCACGGAAGACACGAGUUCGUCGCGGUAUAUCCAGAUUCACUGAAGCAGUGUCUGAAGGCUUUCGACGAAGCCGCUGGAGGAGAUCUUGGUAUGGGCCUUUCUUUGGAGACAGCGUCGGAUGUGACGCCUACUCCCCGCUCAGUCGUUUCGUCAUCCCAGUCUCCGUUUGGAAGAGGAGUUGAAAUGCUCUAUGAUGUUCAUCGUUUCUCUCAGCCGCGAUUUACCAAUACCGCCGUCACCCCCAACAAGCUAGAACCGAAGAUGCUAUUGUCUCCAGGAUCCGACCAAAUAUUCAUGGAGCCUCCUAACCGGUCGUUAACAUCGCACUCAUAUAGGACCCCACAAGCCGUGCCUGAUCUGAGGCAAUUUGAGGACACAGAACGGUCUGGUCGCCAAGGCUCACUGCUCAGCGUAACUGCCGGAAAUCCCCUCAAAGCAAGCGCGAGUGGGACGUGGCUGCGGACCAAACGCAAUCGCGGAAAACGAAGAAAAGCCGACGAAGGUUUCUUCUCAUCUCCGGAAACACCUCGCGGUUCGCCUCAAUUCACCAGUUCCCGCGCGCAAGACCCUCCUUACGAAGAAGAGGAGGAUUAUGAUAGCUGGGAGAUUGGAAUAUCGGGCCCUAGUGAAUUAGAGCAUGCCUCUUCACCAGAGCCUACGUCAGCAACAGGGACUGAGCCUGUAGCCGGGGAGGUGGGAGAGGAAUUGUUGGAUUCUUCGCUGCGUUCGCGCCGCCGUGACCGUUCUCAGACAGAGCCACAGGAAAUGCCUAGCCCCGAUCCACCUCGUCGAAUUCCCUUGAAACGGAAUCAGACUACCUCAGCUCGACUUGAAGCCUUACAAAGGGCCCACGUUCUCGUCCACGACGAUGCAUCACAGGUUCCUGUAGAGGAUCUCGAGCAUGCCGCUAUGCUAGUACAGCAGAUCGGGAAUGCAUUGAAUGAGCAGAUGAAUAGGAGGGUCAAGAAGAGGUGA